CCUUAUAUAGCUCUCAUUGUGUGUGCAUGCGAGUAUACAUGAAUGAGCGAGUGUCAGAGAGAGAAAAGAAGCUGUCUGAGACCACAAAUGUUGUUUAUGUGUUUGUGAGAGCGUGAGAUAGACGUAAAUAGUGACAGAGGGAGUGGAGAUAGUGAAGGAAGGAGAGCGGUGGCUCUAUGUGUUUCCUUUGUUUUGUAUUAAUGACACUGUGCUGUGCAGAGGAAAGGAAACACAGAUCGGCUGUCAGUCCCAGCGCACAUUACAGAGGGAACGGUUAAACAAUUCUCUGGAAACACACACACACACACACACACACGCUCAUUUGCACCUGUUGAGCUCAAUCCACUUCACGACCAGGAGUCAUGUUCGUCUCCACAGUUGUGUGAGACUGUUUUCGCAUCCAUCAGGGGUCUUCACUUCUUCUAACAAGAGAGAUGUCAUCGCUGUAUUCACGCAACAAGGACCUGUCCUCUCGCUCCAGAAAGUCCCUGUCGGAUUCUCCACCCUCAUCCCCGUCACCCAGCACUAAAAGCUUCAGACAAGACCGGGCGUCAAGCAGGUCAGACUCAAGUGGUGUGGAGGCCUUGUCAGAUAGACUGACACCUCGGACAAGCACCUACACACGACGAGAGAACAGACUCGCCUCUUUAAACAAAACAGAGGAUGAUUCUGCCAGCAAGGACUACAAGAAGCUGUAUGAGGACGCACUGGCUGAGAAUGAGAAGCUAAAGUCUCGACUGGAGGACAGCAAGCAGGAACUUUCUAAAAUCCGCUCACAGCUUGACAGAGUAACACAAAAGCAGGACAGAAUAUCAGAGAGGUCCACUGUAUUUGAAUCAGAGAAAAGGGAAAAGGAAGCAUUGGAGAAGCGGGUCUCAGACAUGGAGGAAGAACUAAAGGUUUUGACAGAACUCAAAUCUGAUAACCAGCGACUGAAAGAUGAGAAUGGAGCCUUAAUUAGAGUCAUCAGCAAACUCUCCAAGUGAGGAAUUACAUGAAGCAAAGAAAAAAACACUUGGGUCAACACUGAACAGAGAGAGACCAAAUGGGAGAAACCUCAGAACUUCAAGUUUCACAAUGUCCUCCAUAUACACCAACCUGAUCAGUAUCAUACUUGAUAAUGGGUUUUUGUUAGUUCUCUUGGCAUAUCAUUUCCAAGGUUAAGAUGUUUUCACAAAACCAGAGAUUUACCCUGCUGGAAAAUCCAGCAAAAACCUGCUUAAAGUGGUAGCUGGGUUUACAUGGUUUCCGAGUUGUCAAAGCUAGUCUUCUAGAUGAUUGACCGGUUGAGUUGGGGCUGACCUGGUAAACCAAAUUCAUCAAGUUGGUGAGAGCUGAUAGACCAUAGAAAGAUAGAUCUUAGAUUAAGCUAGUGGAGAGCUGGUUGAGCUGGUUAACUAUGUUUCAAAAAACAGCUUGAAAUGGUUGACCAGCAUAGCCACCUGCUGGUAUGACCUGUUUUUUCAGCAGUGUACUUAAUUACAAGUGUCACUGUAGCCACAAUUUUGGUUUCAAGGAGGUGCCACAACUAUGUCAAAUAAAUUAAACUUGUUCAAGAUCAUAGGAGGAAGCUUUCUAAACCAUGCUGAAAAGACCAGCAUAGAAUGUUUAUGCAGGCUGGUUUAAGCAGGUUUUGGUGCCAGUCUAACUGGUGGACCAGCUUAGUCAUGUUGUUCAACAGCAAAACUUACUUGGUCUGACUGGUGAAGCUGGUUUGCCAAGGAAGUCUUGCUGGUUUUGCUACUUCAGAAGCCUUUUGGGAACACACCAGUAUCCAAAACACCAAAUACUGUAUGCUGGGACCAACUGUGCCGGUCUUUUCAGCAGGCAAGAGCUAAACAAACUGUCAUUAUUUUAUAUAGUAUGCAAUUACACACAAUCCGAUCCAAUUGUCCUAAAGCAGUCAGGUGUCUUAAAUUGGUCAAUUACUUUUCUGAAUCUCUUCCAAUUCAUUGUUAAAUGGAACUUUCCCACUGAGAAAUGAUGUUACUUCUUAUAAUCUACUUUCUGUGCAAGUCAACCCAUUUGUCCAGGACUUUGUUGUUCUGUCUACUUUUUUAAUAACAGUGUUUUCUAUAUGUAAUGAGGUUGAAGAAUUGUUAUAUAGCACCCUUGUUGAAUGUGUUUUAUAUUUAUUUAUGCUUUCUGGAUUUUAUUUCAGAGUGUAUAUGUACAAAACAAAAGCACAUCACUAGUAUUGUUUUUUUUUCUUCAUUUUUCAUCAUUUUUAACCUGUAAUCUUGAACCAAUGCUCACAGCACUUUGUUUAUGAUUGUGUUAACUGUUUGCCUAUUAUGACUAUUAAUUAAAGAAACACACCACAAAAUGCAAGAAAAUAUUGUCACAUGACUUAUUAUGUGUGGUGCUG